AGUCUAGUGGUCAUUUAGACAAACAAGCUCACACAUGGGGGCUCUGAGCUGGUUGAAUGCACUGCUUUACUGUAUGUCGAUGAGAAAGACAAAAGAUUUCAGAGAGAGGCCACUUGGAGAACAGCCCAGCCGAUCUUUCUCCUCCAUCUUUGAUGGCUCGGGCGCUGUGGGAACUCUAACAGUCUGUGGUGCCCAGUUGAUCGGGAAUUUUUAACGACGCUUUGAAUUGUUUCAUUGGUCAUCUUCAAAGUGUGGAGGACUCGUGCGGAAAGAUCCUGGUGACUGAAAGUAUUGACUGAGGAGAACCUUCAAUCUGCACAAGCGUUGACGUCUCCCAGCAGUUUGGCACAAUGGGAUCCUCCAUGCUGGGGAAGGCAGCAUCCAUCGACAGCCUCCUUAACGAAUGCAUUCAUGCUUUUGAUGACAGUGCGGAGCUGCAUGUCAACCUGCUCCCCCGCACUCUGCUGCUGAUGCAUCGCUGGUACGUCCCAUCUGCUGAACUGGCCGGAAAGCUCCUGAUGAUGUACCGUGACUGCAAAGGAGAGGACCACCAGUCAACCAGGCUCAGGAUCUGCUAUCUAAUGAGGUACUGGAUCGUGACAUUCCCGGCAGAAUUCACCCUGGAUUUGGGCCUGAUCAGGAUCACAGAGGAGUUCAGGGAUGUGGCGGCCCGGCUCGGCUGUGAGAAGCACUUCGAGCUCAUCGACAUCUCCACCAUUCCGUCAUACGACUGGAUGCGGAAGCUGACCCAAAGGAAGAAGCAGACCAAGAAAGGCAAGGCCUCCCUGCUGUUUGAUCACUUGGAGCCCAUGGAGCUGGCUGAGCAUCUCACCUUCCUGGAGUUUAAGUUCAUCCGAAGAAUAUCGUUCACCGAUUACCAGAGCUAUGUGAUCCAUGGCUGCCUGGUCAACAACCCCACUCUGGAGCGCUCCAUCGCUUUGUUCAACGGAGUGUCACAGUGGGUCCAGCUCAUGGUGCUGAGCAAACUCACGCCGCAGACGCGCGCUGAGGUCAUCAGCAAAUAUAUCCAUGUGGCUCAGAAGCUGCUGCUCCUACAGAACUUCAACACUCUAAUGGCUGUGGUGGGCGGCCUGAGCCACAGCUCCAUUUCCCGACUCAAAGAGACCCACUCACACCUCGCUCCAGACGUUCUGAAGAUCUGGAGUGAGAUGACCGAGCUGGUCUCUUCCAGCAACAACUACUCGUGCUACAGAAAGGCCUUCAACGAAUGCCGUGGCUUCAAAAUCCCCAUUCUGGGCGUGCACCUCAAGGACCUGAUUGCGGUGCAUGUGGUCUUUCCUGACUGGGUGGGCGACAGCAACAAGAUCAACCUCGUGAAGAUGCAUCAGCUUUACAUGACCUUCAACGAGCUGGUGUCACUCCAGGGCGCGGUGGCCCAUGUGGAGCCCAACAUGGACCUCAUCCACCUGCUGACUCUUUCUUUAGAUCUUUAUUACACAGAGGAUGAGAUUUAUGAGCUAUCGCUGCUUCGGGAACCACGCAACCCUAAAUCCCAGCCUACCUCACCAACGACCCCUACCAAGCCUUCGGCCCCCCUGGACUGGGCCUCUGGUGUCACGACCAAACCAGACCCCUCUGUGAUCAACAAGCACAUCCGGAAGGUCGUGGAUUCUGUGUUCAGGAACUACGACCAUGACCACGAUGGUUACAUUUCUCAAGAGGACUUUGAGAACAUUGCUGCAAACUUCCCAUUUCUGGACUCUUUCUGUGUUUUGGACAAAGAUCAGGAUGGAUUAAUCAGCAAGGAUGAGAUGAUGGCGUACUUCCUCCGGGCCAACCCACUGCUGCAGAGUAAGAUGGGGCCAGGAUUCAUCCACAACUUCCAGGAGAUGACCUAUCUGAAGCCCACUUUCUGUGAUCACUGUGCAGGAUUUCUGUGGGGGAUCAUCAAACAGGGAUACAAGUGCAAAGACUGUGGUGUGAACUGUCAUAAACAAUGCCGGGAGCUGCUGGUUCUGGCCUGCAGGAAACUGAUUCGCUCCGGAUCCAUGAGCAGCGUCUCCCCGGCCAGACUGAGUCACAGCUCGCUGCCCAGCAGCCCCUCACUGCCCACAUGUAAAGAUGAUGACGAUGUGUUCGAGUUCCCGGCUUCCCCCCCUACAGGUGACACCUCGUCCCAACCGUCUAUCACCCUGAUGACCGGCUCAGCUCAGAGAAUUUCUGUGCGCCUGCAGAGGGCCACCAUCACCCAGGCCACCCAGACCGAGCCUCUGUGGCCUGAGCUCAGCUGGGGGGGCACAGAGAACGGCUCGCACACUUUUCCUAAAAUGAAAUACAGAACUCACAGAAAAGCAUCUAAAAGUAAAGGGUUAGCCUGCUGGGAAAACCUGAAAGUGCAGCACCGACCCGUUUCCACUGAAUGCAGCUCAGAGUCCACCCAGAAUGGGGCGCCACACCUAAGGAAGGACAGCUGACUUAGCUGCAACAAGAGCAGAUUCUGCAUGACCGGAACCAGAACAAGGAGGCUCUUCUCACUUGGGAAGGCUCUAAGCUGCUGGAAGGCGCCCUUCAGUGACCUCAGGUUACCUAGUAGACAUGGAGGACAUGCAGCUCGGUGGUUAACGAAUGACUGCUGUAAGGAACUCAGAUGAACCAGUGCAAAACAAGGACUCCAGUCCUGAGUCUGAUGCAACAAUCAAACAGGAUGCAAAUGUGCACGAGGUCCAGCUAAAUGAGAGGUGAAAGUGGUAAAAUGAGGAAAUCAGACAAAAACGUUGUUCCAGCAGUCAAAUGAGCAAAGUUUAUUGUAAAUAUUUACAUGUUUAGCUGACACAGGGGAAACAGCAGGGAACUGAAAAAAGCCAUCCAUCAAUAAAAAAAAAAAAGACGAUGAAAAAGUUUAUAGUCUUA